AUGGCACUCGGUACUAUUUCCAGGAUUUUCCGUGAAGUCAAGGGCCAGAAUUCCUACCAAAGCGAGUACUACGUCGUGCGCCAACCAAGCCAUCGCCGCCGUUCCAGAGCCCGCUCCGUUGAAAGAACCUCCUCGAGCGAGUCGAGGCCAAGGAAUGAACACCAUGUGCACGAGGUAGAAAUCCACCGAAAGCCCUCCAGACGGCACGGAGACAGAGAGAAGAAGGUUCGGAAAGAGUACGAGUACCGCUACGAGCUCUUUCAGGACGACUCGGAAGCCGAGGACAACGACGAUCUCAAGCACGUCUCCUGGGCUCAAUGGCCUGACCUCCAUACUCAGCUCAGCGACCAUCAGGCUCGCCAAUCAGCACCCGAGCAUCAUCGAGCUCCCGAGCCCUCAUCCCAGUUCAAACCCCAAACCGACAACCCCGACCUCCACCAAUGGAUCUCCGCCGAGCUCGCCCUCCUCUGGUCCUCCAUCGACCAACUCCACCAUCAACACAAAGAACGCUCUGCCAACUAUGACCCCUGUCUCCAACAAGCCAUCCUAGCGUCCUAUGCCACGUUCAAGCAGGAGCAGAUUCAACCUUUGCUCGAUGAGAUCGCUCGCCUCGAAAGACAAGGGAAGGACUACGAGGAGCUUGUGAAGGAGCUGUUUGGUGUCAUCAAGGGAUACCAGGUCGAGCUGAGGAGCGUGUGGGACAGAGAGGAGAGAGAAAAGAAGGAGAAGGAGGAAAAGGCCGGCAGAGCAAAGAGGGAGAGGGGGAGGAGGCACGAUGAAGAGGCUACACCACGAAGGCGAGAGUGGGAGACGUGGCGAGAUCUCUCUGGGCCUACUCUGGCUGGAGUAGCGUCGGGAUCAAACCCUUCUUCUCCGACGGGAAGUGCCCCUCCGCCUUAUGACGAUGGGCAACUGCCGCCAGCCGAGAUUCCUGCUCCAGCUCCAGCUCCUCAGUCCGUUCCUAUUUCUACGGUCCCUGCUCGCCCACCGAAGGAGCUCGAACAUCCGCAGCAGCCGAGAGUCCGCUUCGACGAGUUCCUACAUGAAAUCCCCGCGCCGCGCAUCUACACCGACGACGAGUACGAGUACGGACCCCGCGAUCACCGCCGCCGCGAAAGGGGUAGAACCCACGGCCAUGAUCAUCACCGCGAACAUGAAUACACCUACGACCGACCGCGGUCUUCUUCAAAGGAGACGCACAUCCACCGUGAUCGUGAUUGGCAGCACCCCGACGAUGUUCGCCACGGGCACGGACACCGCCCUCUUGACCGGGACCAUCAGAACGACCGCCAUCCUCGCCGGCAUCACCACGAUGACCGGUCCGAGCGCCGAUUCGAUGAUCGCUUGACUGAUUGGAACAUCCCAAGCCCAAACAUCCCAGUCCCAAGCACCCACUGGGACUUGCACCCCCGUGGUCCGCGAUCCGCACGGGACUUUGACGCUUACGAGCUCAGGACUAGAAGCGAGCCUCGCACCCGUCGACGGCACUCGGUGAGCUACUCCGCGCCUUCGCAGGUUGUCGAGAGGGAGGGGGAUAAGUACCCUAGGGGGUGGAGGGUAGUAAGGUUUGCUGCCUGAUUGGUAUCACCUAGAGGUGUGGAAGGUCGUUGGUGACGAUUGACCAGACGGAGGCGAAGGCAGAGGCGCAGGAGUUCAACUUGGCUGCGAUUUCUUUGUAUGAUGUUCACUCUGGUGCAAAACUUUGUUUUUUGUUGUCGAAUUCUGCUUGAUGCUUUUAGUUUUUGAAUAAUCAUGUAGACGUACCUGAAGUCCAAAAGACCUUGAAUCCCAUCGUGUCAAUGAAGUUUGCUGUUCCUAACCGUUGACACACACCUAUUGAACAUGAUGACCGUGCUUCUGUUAUGUCUGGCACAUCAGGCGACGUUGCUGCCUUGGCGUGCUUGCUUGCGUGGAUAACACGGAACCUCCAAAUGCAAAGAUAGUAGAAAAUAAUAUUAC